AUGGCCGACAACAAUGCCAACGGGGAAGGCAAUGGCGCUGCAGAUCGUGUAGGAGGGCGGUCGCGUCAUGAUAAUACUAGGCUGCAGGACAUACUGACCACCUUGUUCUCUCUGCAGUCCGGUGUAAGCCCCCAACCCAUGGCUAGCUCUGAUUCAGUGCCUACGGUCAGUCUUAGAGGCAUUACCAUGCAAGAUCUGGCCCGUCUUAUGGGAUCGGGGCCUCGAGUUACCCCACCGGAUGAGGAUGAAGCAGACGAGGCUAAUGAGGAUGUCAUGAUGUUCGAAGGGGGCAACGAUGACGACGAAUAUGAUGAUGAUGAUGAUGACUACUACUACUCUCCGCCACCAAGGCCAGCUAGGCAGUGGUUUAAGCCCGUAGAAGAACCUCAGCAGGCUGGGCUGGAGCUACUCACGAGUGGCGAAUUUGGUCAGGUUGGCAUCAAGAAUCGCAGCCGUAGAAGGGCUACCAAUCUUGCACGCACCGUUCUCGAUCGUGGGUAUCGACCUAUUCCCUCCCCCAAUCGAGAGGAGCUCUGCAGUAACCUUGUCCCGAACACGAACGGAGUAACUGUGGCGACUUAUGAUUCUAACAUGUACACGGCUUCAUUCUCAAACGACUCUUCGUUCUAUUAUACUUGCGCUCAAGACUUCAAGCUACAUAUAUUCGACAUGAAGGCACCUCCAACUGCAGAUCCAGUUUCGAGAAUUGAACGCGUGCCGCGCGGUUCAAGGCGAAUACGGACAGAAACCACUAGUCUUGUCACGCGAAUGCCCUUGAGAAAAGUUAUUCAAGGCCACCCAGGCAGAUGGACGAUCACAGACGCUAAUCUUUCUCCCGAUAAUGAAAGGAUGAUAUAUUCCACGAUUGCGCCAACUGUUUACAUGACAAGUACUGCACCAGAUGGAAAUGCAACACAAAUUCCCAUCCCAUUUGCCGACCCUCUUCCUAGAAUUUCUCCGCGCUUUGAUUAUUCAGAAGGGUUCGGGAUCUGGAGCUGUCGCUUCUCUGCUGAUGGGAACGAGGUUGUUGCUGGGGGCAGCGGAAAGAUUUUUGUUUACGAUCUGUUGGCCAAUAGGAGGACAGUCAAGAUCGCCGCCCAUACGGACGACGUAAAUAGCUGCUGCUGGGCUGAUACCGGGUCAGGAAAUAUUCUUGUGAGUGCGUCGGAUGACACGUUCCUCAAAGUUUGGGAUCGUCGGUCAUUAGGUGCUUCACACAAACCGUCUGGCGUUCUCAUCGGGCACACAGAAGGAAUCACCUACGUAUCGGCGAAAGGAGAUGGCCGCUACAUCAUUUCCAAUGGCAAGGAUCAAGCACUGCGGUUAUGGGACCUUCGCAAAAUGCGGACAAGCGCGGAGCAUGAGGCUGUGGAGAAAUACCACUACGGCGUGGAUAAUUUCGAUUACAGAUAUCCCAACUAUCCCAAGCCGAGAUAUCAAGCACAUCCGAAGGACUGCAGCGUGAUGACCUAUCGCGGACACGCCGUUCUGCGCACUCUGAUCAGAUGCCACUUCAGUCCAGCAGAGACGACGGGAUCACAGUAUAUAUACUCUGGUUCAGCGGAUGGCAGAAUACACAUAUGGUCCCUUGACGGGAGAGUAGUGCAGGUUCUCGAUCGCUCAAGGACACUACCUGCGGGCUUCUCUCCGUCUGGGCCAGUGCCUCCUCCUGCCAAUGGUCUCCAAUCGAAUUAUUGCGUACGUGAUGUUAGCUGGCAUACUCAGGAACCUGUGAUCCUGAGCGCUGGGUGGGAGAACGGGACAGUCAUCGCACGGCAUGAGUACAAAGGCCUUUCGAAGACGUCAGGUGCCCUACAAGAUUGGGUGGAGAAGAAUCGGUUAGAGUCGAAUCAUUACUCCGGUGUGAGGAGGUCUACACGACUCAGACAACUGGCUCGUCGCCGGCAUGUACCUGGGGCUUUCCAUCAGGACGACGAAGAGGACGACUAG